AUAAAGUUUCAAUCUUUCACCCCCACUUAACCCUAACUUGACCUCUUCUUCAAACUACUUUUUUCAAAACCACUUUUUUUUUUCUUUUUAAUUUUUCCCUUUUAAGUUUUGAAAUUGUUAAUUAAUGUUUGAGCCAUGGACUUAACCCCAGCUUCGAAGUCUCCUGAAACUGAGAGUACUGAAACAGCGGCCACGAAGAUCCUUCCGGCGAAGCAUUUAACUUUCACCAACGGGGUGUUGAAGCGCCACCAGGUUCAUCACCACCAACACCACGGCGGCGGCGGCCACCACCACAGCCACCAUCAUCAUCCUAUUGUUAUUACUUACAAAGAAUGUCUGAAAAAUCAUGCAGCCAGCUUGGGUGGACAUGCUCUAGACGGGUGUGGAGAGUUCAUGCCUUCUCCUACUGCCACGUCGACGGAUCCCACUUCCCUUAAAUGUGCCGCGUGUGGCUGCCACCGUAACUUCCACCGCCGGGACCCAGACGACCCGUCGUUUGCUCCCACCACACCUCACGCUACAGCUAAUCCUAAUACAAUUACAACUGCGACAAUUGAGUACCAGCCCCACCACCGUCACCACCCUCCGCCUCCACCAUCGUCCCAAGCUCAACCUCCGCCGCACAGAAGCCCCAGUUCUUCCUCUCCUCCGCCGAUCUCGUCGUCGUACUACCCGUCAGCCCCCCACAUGCUGCUUGCUUUAUCCGGGAACUUGAGCGGGCACGAAAAUGUGAUGAAUAAUGUCGGAAAUGUCGGGGCGAGCUCGAGGAAGAGGUUUAGAACGAAGUUCAGUCAGAGACAGAAGGAGAAAAUGCUUGAGUUUGCAGAGAGAGUGGGGUGGAAGAUGCAAAAGAGAGACGAUGAAAUGGUGCAGGAGUUUUGUAAUGAAGUUGGGGUCGAUAGAACUGUGUUGAAGGUAUGGAUGCAUAAUAACAAGAACACUUUCGGGAGAAGGGAGAGUCUUGGAGGUGAAAAAAUCAAUCUUGAAAGCAAUGGCAACAACGAAAACAAUGGCAACAAUGGUGUUGGUGAAGAGGGGGAGGAGAAUAAUAUUAAUACUACUAAUACUAAUAAUAUUAAUAUUGAAAGUGAAAGUGUUGCACACGUUGUCGGAGUUGGCGGUGGAAGUGGAGGUGGUGGUGGUGGUGCCACGGCGAAUGGGUCAUCUUCUUCAUCUUGAGCAAUG